AUGCCUAUCAACUUCUCAUUCCGGCGAAUGACAGGCGCCUCGCAGAAGCAGUUCGCUCAAGGACACAACCGAGUAAUUGGUUCUCCUCAGACCUUGAAAAACUCAACAGGCUGUCUGCCUGAAAUGAAGCACCAUAUUGAGGAACAACGCGUUCAACCGAGCUCUGCUCCGUCAGAAACCCCACAAAAAGGAUCAUCGCCCUCCUCCUCACGCGGAUUGAAGGUCAACAUCAACCCAAAUUCAGCCCUUAUUCAGCCAAUCGUUAUGACGGACGACUAUCCGAACCUAGCCAGGAACGAGCGUGUCUUUUCGAAUCCAAGAUUGAAUCCAGUACAGUCGCGCAAGCUGCAGGAGUUGAGAGAACAGGCAAGACAGCUUGAAGAGCUCCACAGACAGAGAUCCUCAGAUCUGCAGCGACAGCGUGCAGCAUUGGCAGAGGUCGCCAACGAUUUGCUUUCCUCCAGAUCAGUGUCUCCUCCCACCAUGUCCAACAAAAAGGGAAGCAAGAUAGAAGUUGUGGACUAUACCGCUGAAAUGCGGAACGGCUUCAUCGGGGCGGAUUCCAAAGCAAAUCCUGAUGAGAAGGCCAAGGCUUCAUCACCCUCCGCAGUCCACAAUGAGCCAAGGAAAAACAGUUCGAAGGCAGAGCAGAUGCUUAGCGAGUGGCUCAGGACGCGGGGUCAUAAGAACGAAUACGGCAUGCGAUACUCGAGGACUAAAUCGGCAGCAUUACGUGUCCCGGAGCGCAUUAAUUCUCCAAAUUUCCCGAUUCCCAAGGAUGCCUACCAGCAUACCGGUCAGGCGCAUAUGGGCAACGAGGAGGACUCAUUUAUAAGAAAGGAGCCUGCGACCGAUUCGAGACCCGAGUGCAACCACUCGCAUAGUAGCGAUGACGCUCGAUUUUGGUCUUGCUCUCUUCCAACUCGCAAUGCUCAUCCCCACCUAGCUGACGCCGGUCAACACAAUUUUGCCCACAGGACACGAUCACGAUCCUCGAGCGACGCCCUGGCACCACCUCUUGAUCCUUCUGGAACAAGCUCAUCUUUUUCAGGCUGCAAAACAGCUUGUGGACAUUUCAAGCGGGGAUUGACAACAAUAAAAUCAUGGAUUGCGGCACCGUCUGUGCGAGCUGCGCGACGUAAGGCUCCGACGUCCACAGAACUUAGAGGCGAUAGUGACGGCAGUAACGAUCUUCGGACGACGUGCAAGCCCGACGGCAAGCCAAGAGCCGGGGAUGACUUUGACCCAGUGACUUUCUCUGUUCUAGAUCGCUUCCGUAGUCUUAACCUACACUGGCGACCUAGAAGCCUAGGAAAAGGAGAAGGACUACAUCAAGCGCGUCCUCCAAACGAACCCAGGCUUUCAAACUCUCAAAAUGAAGGGGCGGAUAGGACAGAGACUGAUAUCCGGCCCGCGGCCAGGUGUCAAAGCACCGACAACGAGCCAUCGGAUCGGCUUUUUAGGAAUCUUCAACGUCCUGCUACACCUGUGAAUGAAGAUGAAAUAAGCAGUAUCGUCGCGCUGUAUAAUUAUUAUGGGAGCUCUUCUCCUGAGAACUUGACGACGAACGACAGUCCUACUAUCAACUCGGUCUUUAAUAUCCCGACUCCAAUUCUUGUUGAGCAUGACAAGGACCGGAGUUUGAGCCAGGCUGUUCAGACACUGAUGUCGCGUCAGGGCCAAGUUGAACAGAAGAUGCAGCCCUUGGAUCAGGCGGCUCCAAUUCCUUCGACAAACGUGCUUGAUGACUCGGUAUUCGAUCGACGGGCAGCAACUUAUCGGCACAUUGAGCAAUUGGUUCAGCUUUCAAAAAUAUCAGCAAGUUCAAACAAAUUUUAUUGGAUUCUUCCGGACUCGGGGAUCAUCGUCAACGGUCUGGAACUGAGCACCCCGAGUUCAAAAGAGAGUGCCUCUAGAUUUAUUUCAGCAGUUAACGCAUCACCUCAAGCAGAUAUACUAAAUGACAGUAUGCCAGCAGAGCCCAACCCGGAAAUGGAGUUGGGUCGCAAGGGUCCGGGCUAUUUACGUUACUCCACGGGCGUCCGCAACCGCCACCGCAGGUCCAAGGUGCACCAGUACACAGGAAUCGCAGGCUGUAUGAGCUCCACAUUCGAUAUUUUGACACACGCAAAGAUCUACAAUGCCGCAUCCAACAAAUACUUGUGCUCUGUGAACCGCCUCCGGCAUCAAGACGUGGAUUUGUACUCUACAACGUACACCUGUUGCCUCACACCUCCUCCCGAUGAGGAAACGUCUGGAGACUUAAGCAGCAGUAGCGUGGCUCACAUGCAUGAAGGCUUAGCGGAACAGUCAUUCGAGAAACAAUCAAGUUUGAAGAGGGCAAGCGAGCAACUCGAUGCCACGGUCUCGAACUCCAGACUACUUGCUGUGAAAGACUAUACUAGAGUGAACUCGGACUCUGAAAUUGAUGUUACUGACCAGGACAACGAUCGUCCGCAUCCAAGGCAUCACCAACAAGCGACUAAUAUCCACCGACGCAGCCCUUCUACGCCGGAGAUAUACGAAUCUCAUCCGCGGCUCUCAACUAGCAGUCUUGAGCCAACAAUUUCUGCAUUGUACGGCUGCACUGGGUCCGGCGCGGCAUCAUCAUCUGAAAGUUCUUCUCCUUCACCGCCUGAGAUUCCACUACCAGUGUGGACAACAGAAUCCAACCUCAACUAUGUUGUAAUCGCCAACACUACGGCCAUAGUCACCUGCGGGUACUGUCUUCGAAAGUUUUUCGUGACCUUGGCUGACCCCAACAUUCUCGAGCGACAUCAGCGACACUAUUGUUCAACGCUGAGCCUGCAGCAACUACAGCGCUGGUAUUGUUACUUGGAGACCCUUUUGGGAAUCGGGACAGCAGAGCAGCAAACGCGGGCCGUGAAUGCGAAGGAAAAGAAGGAGAAGAAAUAUCGACGAAGGAUGCACGCAUUGAACGACGAGAUGGAUCGAAUGAUGGGGCAGAUGAUCGAGCUGCAGGAAGAACACAAGGCGUAUCUUUCCACUAUCGUUGCUUCUGAAGCUCCCAACGACGGAGAUCAGGGAGAUCUCGAGUGUGUGUUCUUUAACAUGCCGGUUAUCGGUGUCACUGGUGGUCGAUGCGCUGCCUCUGAAGCGACCCUAGAAACCACGGCCCGCAUUGGACGAUUCUUGUCUACAGCGGUGGACAUUGCGUCACGCAUCGGUCGGGCGUUCAGUUGCAUUCGUGAUACGUCAAUAGGAGCAUCUCGCGACGAGAGAGCGGACAUGCUUCUAGGCGAAAAUGAUGAGGACGAGGACGAGUUUUUUUAA